CCCGGUAGCGUAUCAGUUCCUCGGCGUCGUUGUGAGCGUACACAUCGCUCUCAAUAUUUUUUUUAUACACAUUAAAAUAAAUAUUUUUAAUAAGUUUGUAAAAAAGUGUGAACAGUUAAAUAUAAAAUUGAUAUAAAUAAAGGACGCAUUUGGCACUUGAGGAUUUUAUGUUUUCAAUAUAUUUUGUGUGAACAACGACGCAUCGGUGGUUUUUCAACGGUCGUUCGUGUUCGGCCGGUGUCAGUCGCUUAGCAACCGUGCUAAGCACCGAAACAAACGCGCAGCCUUUCUUCAGUUCGCAACUCAUCGAUGCGCACAACGCAGUGCCCUCACGUCAGUUAAUCGUGCUUGAUAUUUCGGCAGUGACUUUUUAAUUUUAUUCAUAUUUUUGACAUUCUGAUUAUAAAAAUGUACGGAGUGUAUCGAAUCGCGGGUCUUAUCGCAGUGACGCCAUUGCUGUUAACAUUUGCAAUGGCGGCGACGACGGUGACACAUUUUGUUGAUAACGACGCUAAGGGGACUGCCACGACAAGUGGUAGUUAUCAUCAUGCGGUGUCACCAGCGACGACAGUUGCCCCUCUAUCGGCGAGGAGCGCUAAAGCGCUACAUGCGCCCAGUUCAAACAUGGCCACUUCGUCAAGGAUGUGGCAAAAUGGGGGUGAAUGGCGUAUGGUGCCCAGUCGGCUUUCUAGUUGGGAUGCUGAUAGUCGGAUACCAAUGAAUCAAGAAUCAGCAAACAGCAUAAGCCGUAUUGGUCGCGUAGACCUCGAAAAUGAAGUGGAAGAAGGCCGAGAAAAGAAUAAAUACUACAAAAAGUAUAAGAAAUACAUGCUGCCUCUGUUACUCGCCUACAAACUGAAGUUCUUCACGCUGGUACCAAUCCUAAUCGGCGGUUUGGUGUUACUAACAGGAGCGACAGGCUUGGCAGGCUUCUUCUUUGCGCUCUUCGCAGCUACCAUGGGUCUUAAGGGCGGCGGCGAACAUUAAAUCUACUCUCGAGACGAAGCGGCACGCAAAACUUUAUUUUCUUCUCAAAACAUAACCAAAACGAACAAAAAUAUUAAAAACAUAUAUAAUAGGCAACCAAAGUUACACUUUUAUAAUAAUUGCUUAGGAUUGGUAGUAGGUAUCUAGUUAUUGUAUCAAGUUGUGAGUUAUGUAAUGAAGAAAAUGUAAGUUUUGAACGCUGCUUUGAUGUUGAAAGAUGAAAAUAGUCACUAUGUCCAAAAAUAACGAAAAUAUUAUUGAUAAAAUACAAACGAACAAAAAUAACAAAAUGUAGAAACAAAAUGACAAAGAUUUAGUUACAAAAAAUGCUUAAACAAAACAUAUGAAGAAAGAUGGAACUUAACUAACGGUUAAAACUCUUGCCAUUGAUUAAGGAAAGGCGCACUCUAAAUGAACAUUUAGAUUUUAAGAUUAUUUAUUUAUUUUCUGCUGUAGCAAAUAAAAUUUUUAAAACUUGAACAAAAGAACGAAAUAAAAACGAACCAAACGCUCAAUUUUAUACGAUUUAUCAUGUUUUUGUAUAUUUUUGGAAUUUUUUAAUAAUGCUAUAAAUCAAAAACGCAAAAAAAUUAAAUUGUUAUAUGAAUACAAUUAAUUAAUAAUAAACUUGAAAAAUAAGCUAUUUACGCUAGUUAAGUAUUUAUUUUAUAUUUAUUUAUGUGCAAUUAGUAAUUUUAAUAAUGUAAUUUGUAAUAAUUAUUUAAUAAAUGACAUUAUUUAAAAAUA